AUGCGUAUCAUUGCGGCCUUGUUGACUUUGUCUGCGUGUCUUCAGACUGCUCUCUCACAGAACGAUGCAUUCGAUAGCAUACAAAAUGCUCGUAACAUUCAACGAGAACAGUUCAGCCGUUUUGCAAGCUUAAUGGACUCCGCCAAAAAACCUCCUGGUACUCCUGCUAUAGGCUCUACUAUCACAUUCAAAAACCCUGCUGCAAAGAAAUUCUUCGUCGACGGAACGAAAUUACCCGAUGGCUACUUGGUCGUGGGGUCAGUCGGCGCCUACUCCACUGGUUUCAGUCAAGGAACUCCAAGCAUCUCGAAUGAUGAUGAGUUGGGCGAACAGCUUAUGGGAUUUCUUGUUCAAUUUUUGGAAGUUUUCAGCGAACUCAAGGGCAAUAAUUUGUGGCUCACAGGGGAAAGUUAUGCUGGAUUCUACGUCCCAUAUAUUGCCAACUGGAUCUAUGAGCAUCCUGGUCUCGAUCUUAACCUGAAGGGUAUAUGGAUUGCUGAUCCAUCUUUGUCCUAUGGCACUGUGCAGCAAGAUAUUCCGGCGCUUCGCUUUGCUCAGGCAAGAGUCCUUGUCCCUUUUGCCAUAGCGAACAAAAAUUUAUUCCCAUUCAAUAGUUCUUUCUGGGCUGAAUUGCAACAAAUAUCGGACAGCUGUGGAUACACUGAUUAUCUCGACAAAUUUGUCACGUACCCUCCUGCUGGCCAACUUCCUCUUGUUGGGACGAACGGGAGCGUUCUUGGCUUCCCUCGAGAUACCCAGCAAUUUAUCUACUUCAACCGGACCGACGUCCAAGACGCUAUUCAUGCCCCACACAUUGACUGGAGCUCCUGCACGGACAACUCGGUUUACAUUAAUCCCGUCACUGGAGGUCCAGGAAGCGAUACAUCUAUUCCUUCUACACUGAGUGUUUUACCUAACGUCAUCGACAAGUCUGUGAGGACCGUGAUUGUGCAUGGACUGGCUUCAUGCUCAGUCAAGGAGACUCUUGACCGGGCACAACAGGAUUUUAUAUUGGUGGCAGAGGGAACCCGCAUUGCUAUCCAGUACGUGUUCGAUGAUGUACUAUGUUGGAACCAAUGGUUGACGAUGAUACCAAUAUGCAGAAACAUGACCUGGGGAGGCGCUCAAGGAUUUCACAACCCUAUAGAAGAUGAGUCAUUUACAGUGAAGAAUAUGGGAGUGUUCGGGAACAUGCAUACCGAACGGAAACUUACCUGUAAGUAG